AUGAGACGGCACUCCAGAUUGGAAAGCAUUGGAAAGUAUUCAGGGAAACCUGAUCUAGACAAUUGUUCAAAAAUAAAAAAUUCGAAUGACAAUGGACGAAUAAAGAAAAAACCUAUAUUUCUAAAAGAGUACCUUAUAGAUUAUACUGCAAAUUCUAAUCUUCAUGGUUUAAAAUACAUCGGAGAGAAACAGAGGACUGCCGCUGAAAAAAUAUUCUGGCUGUUUAUGUUCAUUUGCUGCGUGAUACUUUGCGCUGGGCUAAUAAGAAAAGUUUGGAUAAAAUGGAAUAUAAGCCCCGUGAUCGUCAGUUUUGCAGAAACAUCAACUCCUGUAUGGCAGAUACCAUACCCUGCUGUGACUGUGUGCUUAGAAAUAAAGUCAAAACAAUCAGUGUUCAAUUUUACGGCAUACUAUCAUCGCUAUAAUGAUACCGAAAAACGUGCAAAUUUAACCGAUGAAGAAAGGAACUUGUAUGAGGAUGUGACACUUGUUUGUGAUGAUCAUCUUGCCCCCGUAAUGGGUAGAAAAUUUUGCGAUGGCAAUACAACAGUUAAUAAUAUAAAAGAGGUCUCUCCCAACAUAACAGAGACUUUUUUUGGUUGCAAAUGGAAAGAUAUACCUAAGGAGACUUGUUCUGAUCUCUUCACACCCAUAUUGACUGAAGAAGGACAAUGUUACACCUUCAACAUAUUGGCAGCUGACGAACUGUUCAGAAUGGAGAAUUUACAUAAAGAUUAUCAGUAUCUAGAUCAUAAGAGGGUAUCAGAAUCUUGGUCCUUGGAAGAUGGAUACGAUCCUAUGACUCCUAUAGAGACCUACCCGCACCGAGGAUCUGGGUACGGCGCAAAAGCUGGAUUAACAUUUUUGAUGAAAUCUAAAGCUAUUGAUUUAGAUUACCUAUGUAGGGGACCUGUUCAAGGAUUUAAGAUAUUAUUACAUAAUCCUGCGGAAUUACCGAGACUUUCCCAACAAUAUUUUCGGUCUCCUCUAUCCCAAGAAGUGGUUGUAGCAAUUAAACCAAACAUGAUGACUACUUCCUCGGGACUCAAGCCAUACGAACCUGUCAGGCGACAAUGUUACUUUCCAAGUGAGAGGUAUCUCAGAUAUUUCAAAGUGUACACUCAGUCUAAUUGCGAAAUGGAGUGCAUAUCUAAUUACACAUACUCCAGGUGCGGCUGUGUGCAUUUUGGUGUACCACAUGGUCCAGAAAUGAGAGUAUGUAAUGCUGGAAGUAUGGCCUGUAUUAAACGAGUACAAAUGGAGCUCGUAGUUGUAGAAAUAGAGGCAGGUUUAGAGAAGAGGAAUGAAGGAAACGACACGAUCGGUGAAGCACGAGACAUUGCCUCCCGCUGCAAAUGUCUGCCGGCGUGCACCUCCAUCGAGUACGAAGCAGAGACCUCCCAGGCAGACUAUGACUGGAAAGCUAUUUUUAGAGCGUACAGAUUAGAAAUUCCACCUGACCUCAAUGAUAUGAUGUAUUCGCGUGUGAUGAUAUUUUUCAAAGAACCUCAAUUCAUAACGUCGCGGCGUUCGGAACUUUACGGUCAAACGGACUUUCUGGCCAACUGUGGAGGUUUACUCGGACUCUUCAUGGGUUUCUCUAUUCUAAGUUUAGCCGAAAUAAUAUACUUCCUCACACUAAGGUUGUUUUGCGUUGUCUGGAAUCGUCGUCGUAAGCCAAAACACGAAUCAGAUCUGCCUAAGGCUGAAAAUAUACAAGGAAGUGACAAAACGGAGAAAAUGAAGCAACUGUAUAUUGAUUAAUAAAUAUCACAUUCAUUAAUUCAUUCACCUACAUAAUUAAGCACAAAUAAUGAUUGUUUAUCAGAGCUGAGCAAAAUACAUGUUUGGUUUUCAUUAAAAUACAAAUCACAAAAUACUAUCUCAUGUGUAUUUAAAAUAUGAAAUAUAAAAUAUUUUUAAGUAAUGUA